AUGUUCUCAGGCAUGUUCCGCAGGCGGCAGGCCGUUGACCCCGCUGCCGCCGAGUCGCCUGCUUCAUACGAAGUGCCCUUGUACACCAACGCAGCCUACUACCCUAACUGGCGCAUUUACAAGAAACAGCCUCCUUCAUCAUUGCGCUUAGGAUUUAUUUCUCACGUAUUCUACGCCUUUGCUUGGGUCAAAGACGAUGGCACAAUUUAUUUGAGUGAUGAGUGGGCCGAUACGCAAAUGCCGGUUGACGGCACCGAAGGCUGUCUCCGCGCUUUUGUCCAGUUGAAACAGCAGUAUUCCAAAAUGAAAGUUAUCCUCUCUGUUGGUGGUGGCGGCAAAGGAAGUGAAAACUUCCCAGCGGUUGCUCACAGUCGAGCUCUCGUGGAAACAUUCAUUCGAAGUGCACGAGCAUUGGUGGAUGAGUUUGGGCUGGAUGGCAUUGAUGUGGAUUGGGAACAUCCCGCAGAUCCCAAGCAGGGCAAGGAUUACGUUCGCCUCCUGGCCAAGCUGCGAGAGGCGUUGCCUGCUCCACGCUAUGUUCUGGCCUCCUGUCUCCCCGCCGGUCAAUGGGCUCUCCAAAAUAUCGACCUUGCUGCGGCACACAGGCAUCUAGACAUGCUCAAUCUCAUGGCCUAUGACUUCUCGGGGCCAUGGGACCCCGAAACCGGCCACCAGGCCCGGCUCCAUGGCUCACCCAUCUCGGGCUAUUCGGCGGUUGACUACGUACUUUCACAAGGUGUACCUUCACGAAAGAUCAUCCUGGGAGUACCGGUGUAUGGAAGAUCGUUCCUCGGCUGCAACGGGCCUGGUCAGCGGUAUACGGGUAGUGGUGGGGAGGACGGCGUCUUUGACUAUCGCGAUCUUCCACGACCCGGAGCUGAAGAAUAUCAUGAUAAAGAGGCCGGGGCUGCAUCUUGUGUGGGACCAGAUGGAGGUUUUGUGACCUAUGAUAUCCCCGCGACAGUUCAGCAAAAAGCCGAAUUUGUGACGUCGUCAAGGCUGGGAGGUUUGUUUUACUGGCAUAUAUGCUCUGAUGCCCGAGGACCACGCAGCCUCAUUGAAACCGGGUAUAACACACUUCAUGAAAUGUAA